AUACUCCUCAAAUUUGUGAUCUCAUCACAUAACGUGAUUGGUGAACUGUUAUCUUGCUUUACUAGUGAUUAGUUUUACUUGUUUUUCUUCAUCAACGACUUCCUCUUUCUCUCUCUUUGCAACUGCAUUCUAUCUGGCUCUGAUCUACCUGCAACUUUGGCACCACUGUGAUUGCGAAGUACUUUUCAACAGUGAUAGUUUCUGUUUAGACUGCCAUGGCAAUCUCUGCAAUUGGUUUUGAAGGUUACGAAAAGAGGCUUGAAAUGUCAUUUUUUGAGCCAGGCAUCUUUGCAGAUCCUGAAGGAAAGGGUCUUCGGUACCUCUCGAAGGCCCAGUUAGAUGAGAUUCUGGCACCAGCUGAGUGCACUAUAGUUUCGUCACUGUCAAAUGAUCAUGUUGACUCUUAUGUCCUGUCGGAGUCGAGCCUCUUUGUCUAUCCAUACAAGAUCAUCAUCAAAACCUGUGGGACAACAAAGUUACUUCUUUCAAUCCCACCAAUCCUGAAGUUGGCUGAGACCCUUUCGCUUGAAGUACAAUCAGUGAGGUAUACACGUGGGAGCUUCAUUUUCCCUGAAAGUCAGCCGUAUCCUCAUCGUAAUUUCUCAGAAGAAGUUGCUGUUCUUGAUAGCUACUUUGGGAAGCUCGGUUCAGGCAGCAAUGCUUAUGUAAUUGGUGGGUUGUGCAAGUCCCAAAAAUGGCAUGUAUACUCUGCUUCUGCAGAAUCAGUGAUCUCUUGUGACCCUGUCUACACUUUAGAGAUGUGCAUGACAGACUUGGACAGGGAAAUGGCUUCUGUUUUUUACAAGACCCAAUCAGGUUCGGCGGGUACAAUGACCAUUAAUUCUGGUAUCAGAGACAUUCUUCCAGAAUCCAAGAUAUGUGAUUUUGAGUUUGACCCCUGCGGUUAUUCAAUGAAUUCAAUUGAAGGGACUGCUAUCUCUACUAUCCAUGUUACCCCAGAGGACGGUUUCAGUUAUGCAAGCUUUGAAACGGUGGGUUAUGAUCUGAAAGAAGUGAAUUUGUGUGAGCUGGUGGGGAGGGUGUUGGCUUGUUUCCAACCAAAUGAUUUCUCCAUUUCUGUGCACGUUGAGGUCGCAGGAAAGUUUCUUGAGCAGGACUGUUUGUUGGAUGUGAAGGGAUACUGUUGCGAAGAGAGUGGCCUUGAAGAGCUUGGAAUGGGCGGUUCAGUUGUCUUCCAGAAAUAUGUUAGGACUGGGGGCAAUAGCUCUCCUAGAUCAACUCUGAGAUGCUGCUGGAAAGAGGAAGAAGAUGAAGAAUCUAAAUAAUUGUUAUGGUUUACUUUUAAAUUUCUUGGGCUUUUGAUAAUAAAAUAAUUGAUUUUUGGAUGUUGUCAAAUGUUGAGUUGUCUAGUGUCUGUAUAAGCGGUCGAUAAUAUUCAGAUUUGUGUGGCAGUCUUAUCAUUUAUGGACUUCUGUUUCAUUCAGAAUGUAUUGGCAGUGUUGGAUUGAUCUGAGUUCAUUCAGAGUUUAUCAGCAGUGUUGGAUUUAAAAAAGCGUUAUUUGGAAUAUUAAUCACACUCAUUGCACUUGACCUUUUCUUGGAUA